AAAAAAAGAUCCCUGAGUAACUCAAAUGCAGGAACGUUUUAACACUCCAGGGUGAAGAAUCUGUGCCAGCAUGUCUGCCUACUACAGGAAUAAUGGGUAUGAGGAAGAAUCAGAUUACCCUGACUAUUCAGGAUCUCGGAACCGUACAUGGGGGCAUUUGAAAACUCAGGAUUAUCCAGAUUCUUCAGAUGCUCUGAACAACUCAGGCUACCCUAGCACCAGGAGCAACCCAUACUCUGCAGACUACAGAACAGGUCCAGACUAUCCUGGGUCUAUAGCAGAACCAGAUUAUCCUGGAUCUCGGAGUAAUCCAUACCAGUCUGGCACCAGAAGCAACUCAUUCUCUGCUGGCUCUAGAAGAAGUUCAGAUUAUCCCAUAUCUUUGGCAGAGCCCGAUUAUAUUGGAUCUUGGAGCAAACCGUACCAUCCAGGGUCAUCCAGAGAGCCAGGCUACUCUGAAUCCCAAUGGAAUUCUGACUUUGCAGGUUCCAGAAGCAGUGGAAACUAUGCAGGCUCCAGAACAAAUCCUGAUUAUCUCGACUCUUUGGGAGAACCAGACUACCCUGGAGCUCAGAGAAACUCUAACCAUCCUGGCUCCAGGGCAAAUUCCAACCAUCUGGGUUGGAUUCCAACCAGGAUUCCAGAAUAUGCUGGUUCCAGAAUCAAUCCAUACAUGGACACUCUGGGAGAGCCUGAUUAUCCAGGAGCUGAGAAUCAACCUAGCUCUCCAAACUUUUUUGGGGAACCAGACUAUCCCAAUGCUGAGGACUAUCAGAACUCUCCAAACUUUUGGGGGAAGCCUGAUUACCCAGUUGCUGAGAAUGGUCAUGAUUAUGGCUCUUCUGAGACUUCAGAAAUGACCAGAGAGGUGCUCAGCAGAACAUCUUCAAUCCGGCCCUCAUUUCGUCAUAGUAGUGAUGGCCCCUUGGGCGUCCUUGAGAGAGAGAAUGAAGAUUACCCUGAAAGCAUUGCAAUGAAGUCCAUGGGGAUGGCAAAUCCAUGUGACGAUUCUGUGCCCGGGGCUCCUGGCAAUGGCUAUGUGAACCCUGCUUAUGUGGGUGAAAGUAGCCCCUGCCCAGCGUAUGGAAACCCACCAUUGUCUGGAUGCGACUGGCACAAGUCACCCCAAGGAGAAAAGUUAAUCGCAUCUCUGAUACCAAUGACAUCUAGAGACAGAAUUAAAGCCAUCAGGAAUCAGCCGAGAACCAUGGAAGAGAAAAGGAACCUUAAGAAAAUGGUUGACAAAGAGAAAAGUAAGCAAUCCCGUCGUAUGCUUGAGCUCAACUGCUGUGCUCAGUGUCUAAACUCCAUUUCACGGGCGUACCGGAGAUCUAAGAACAGCCUGUCAGAACUGCUCGAUUCCGUCAGCCUAUGGCAGAAGACGCUCAAGGUCAUCGGAGGCAAGUUCGGAACCAGCGUCCUCUCCUAUUUUAACUUUCUGAGGUGGCUUUUGAAGUUCAACAUUUUCUCGUUCAUUGUGACCUUCAGCUUUAUCAUAAUCCCUCAGUUUACGGUGGCCGAGAAGAACACCCUCCAGUUCACCGGACUGGAGUUUUUCACUGGGGUGGGUUAUUUUAGAAACACAGUGAUGUACUAUGGCUUUUAUACCAAUUCUACGAUUGGGCACAGGAACAGUGGGGCAUCCUACAACAUGCAGCUGGCCUACCUCUUCACGAUUGGAGCAUGUUUGGUCAUCUGUUUUUUCAGUUUGCUAUUCAGCAUGGCUAGGUACUUCCGGAAUAACUUCAUUAACCCCCACAUUUACUCCCGAGGAAUCGCUAAACUGAUUUUCUGCUGGGACUUCACCGUCACUCAUGAAAAAGCUGUGAAGCUGAAACAGAAGAAUCUUAGCACUGAAAUAAGGGAAAACCUGUCAGAAAUCCGUCAGGAGAAUGUCAAGUUAACGCUCAAUCAGCAGCUGAUCCGCUUCUCUGCCCACCUGGCGGCCUGGGUUGUCUCUACUGGAGUGGCGGUUGCCUGCUGCGUAGCUGUUUAUUACCUGGCUGAGAACAACUCAGAGUUCCUGAAGAAGCACAAGGACCCUGGGGCAGUACUGUUACUGCCUUUCGUUGUGUCCUGCAUCAACCUGGCAGUGCCACGCCUCUACUCCCUGUUCCGGCUCGUGGAGUGGUAUGAGAUGCCACGGCACGAAGUCUAUACCCUCCUGAUCCGAAACAUCUUUCUGAAAAUAUCAAUCAUUGGAAUUCUUUGUUACUAUUGGCUCAACAUUGUGGCCCAGGCUGGUGAAGAGUGUUGGGAAACCCUCAUUGGCCAGGAAAUCUACCGACUCCUUCUGAUGGAUUUUGUGUUCUCUUUAGCUGAUUCCUUCCUGGGCGAGUUCCUGAGGAGACUCAUUGGAAUGCAGUUUAUCACAAGUCUUGGCUUACAAGAGUUUGACAUUGCCAGGAACGUUCUGGAACUGAUCUAUGCACAAACUCUGGUGUGGAUUGGAACCUUCUUCUGCCCUCUGCUGCCCUUUAUCCAAAUGAUUACUCUUUUCAUCAUGUUUUACGUCAAAAAUAUCAGCCUGAUGAUGAAUUUCCAGCCUCCCAGCAAAGCCUGGCGAGCCUCACAGAUGAUGACAUUCUUCAUCUUCGUGCUCUUUUUCCCAUCCUUUACCGGGGUCUUGUGCACCCUAGCCAUCACCAUUUGGAGAUUGAAACCUUCAGCUGACUGUGGCCCCUUCCGAGGUCUGCCCUUCUUCAUUUACUCCAUCUAUGGCUGGAUCGACACCUUGAGUAAAAGGCCCAGCUACCUGUGGGUUGUUUGGAUCUACCAGAACCUCAUCGGAAGUGUGCAUUUCUUUUUCAUCCUCACCCUCAUUGUGUUAAUCAUCACCUACCUUUACUGGCAGAUCACAGAGGGAAGGAAGAUUAUGAUCAGACUGCUCCAUGAACAGAUUAUUAAUGAGGGCAAAGAUAAAAUGUUCCUGAUAGAAAAGUUGACCAAGCUGCAGGAUAUGGAGAAGAGAGCAAACACCAGCUCGUUCACAAUGGAAAGGAGAGAUGUAGAGCAACCAGGCCCUUUACCUGUCGGGGAACGUGAUGCUGCUCGUGACCUGCGAUUUAGGCGAUCAGUUCAAGAAGAGAAUUCAAAGGCGUGA